GUCUGUCCAAGUCACUUGGUCUCAUUGAAGGCUAUGGUGGACGUGGUAAAGGUGGGCUUCCAGCCACCCUGUCCCCUGAGGAGGAGGAGAAAGCAAAGGGACCACAUGAGAAAUACGGCUACAACUCCUACCUCAGUGAGAAAAUUUCACUGGAUCGUUCCAUACCAGAUUAUCGUCCAACCAAGUGCAAAGAGCUGAAAUACGGCAAGGACCUACCCCAGAUCUCCAUCAUCUUCAUCUUCGUGAACGAAGCCCUCUCCGUGAUCCUGCGAUCAGUGCAUAGCGCUGUUAAUCAUACGCCAGCUCACCUCCUGAAGGAGAUUAUCCUUGUGGACGACAACAGCGAUGAAGAGGAACUGAAGGCACCGCUAGAAGAAUACGUCAACAAACGAUACCCAGGCCUUGUGAAGGUGGUGCGCAACCAGAAGAGGGAAGGCCUUAUCCGAGCUCGUAUUGAAGGCUGGAAAGCUGCCAGCGGCCAGAUCACUGGAUUUUUUGAUGCCCAUGUGGAGUUCACUGCUGGCUGGGCUGAGCCGGUACUUUCACGAAUUCAGGAAAAUCGGAGAAGGGUCAUUCUUCCCUCCAUAGACAACAUCAAGCAGGACAACUUUGAGGUGCAGCGUUACGAGAACUCUGCCCACGGGUACAGCUGGGAGCUGUGGUGCAUGUACAUCAGCCCUCCCAAGGACUGGUGGGAUGCCGGAGACCCCUCGCUGCCCAUCAGGACGCCAGCAAUGAUCGGUUGCUCAUUUGUUGUGCACAGAAAAUUCUUUGGAGAGAUCGGGCUUCUCGAUCCUGGAAUGGAUGUGUACGGAGGGGAGAACAUAGAGCUUGGCAUCAAGGUGUGGCUGUGUGGUGGCAGCAUGGAGGUCCUGCCCUGCUCCAGGGUGGCUCACAUCGAGCGCAAGAAGAAGCCCUAUAACAACAACAUUGGCUUUUACACCAAGCGCAACGCUCUGCGGGUGGCCGAGGUGUGGAUGGACGACUACAAAUGGCACGUCUACAUUGCGUGGAACCUGCCGCUGGAGAAUCCAGGUAUUGAUAUUGGAGAUAUUUCCGAGAGAAAAGCGUUAAGGAAGAGCUUGAAGUGUAAAAAUUUCCAGUGGUACCUGGACCAUGUUUAUCCAGAAAUGAGAAGAUACAACAACACCGUUGCUUAUGGCGAGCUUCGAAACAACAAGGCGAAAGAUGUCUGCCUUGACCAGGGCCCGCAGGAGAACCACACAGCAAUAUUGUACCCGUGCCACGGCUGGGGACCACAGCUUGCACGCUACACCAAGGAGGGAUUCCUUCAUCUCGGCGCCCUCGGGACCACGACUCUUCUACCGGAUACCCGCUGCCUGGUGGAUAACGUGAAAAGCCGCUUCCCUCAGCUCCUUGAUUGCGAGAAGGUCAAGAGCAGCCUCCAUAAGCGCUGGAAUUUUAUACAGAAUGGUGCCAUCCUGAACAAGGGAACGGGACGAUGCUUGGAAGUGGAGAACAGGGGAAUGGCCGGCAUCGAUCUGAUUCUUCGCAGCUGCACAGGACAAAGGUGGACGAUUAAAAAUUUCAUCAAGUAAAGGGUGGAAAAGUCAGAGAAGUUUGACUCGAAACAGGGCUGACUUGGACUGAUCUGACUGGACUCCUUUGAAAAGGACAAAAUAUCAAAACAGAGCUUUAUUCAUGUUAUUAGGAGAGGACAUGGGGGAAAUGGGCAUUUGUGUCUAUUUUUAUUGUGUAUUAGUCUCCCACAGCUGAUUCCAACUGUGUGAAAUUGGGUCAGAACUGCUAUUUUCUUCUAGCAAGCACUCUAAAAGGUACCACUUAUUUCUGCUGGAAUGACUGUAAUAAGCUCAUGCAGUCUUGUGAGCAUUUUACUGACGGAAUUUUUGCUUUCCCAGGCGACUCCAAGCUUUCC